AUGGGAAAUCUUCAGAUGGAUUCAAUUACGAACAGCCAGCUGUCCACCACAGCAUGUCCUCAGGAGGGUCGGAAGAACAGCCAGCUGUCCACCACAGCAUAUCCUCGGGAGGGUCAGAAGAACAGCCAGCUGUCCACCACAGCAUAUCCUCGGGAGGGUCGGAAGAACAACCAGCUGUCCACCACAGCAUGUCCUCGGACAUACGAAAACUUGACCUCAUCGAAGGAUGAAGUCAAAGACAACGCCCUUAGUACGACUAAUCCACGUGCACCCAAGACUGUUGCGAUCAUUACACAGAGAAAACAAUUAAUUCCUGAACUUAACAACAAUAAAACAUACCUGAAUGACUCUCUGGUAGUCGGUACGAGAUGGUAUCGGAGUGUAUCAACACCAACAAGCGGGAAAACUGGAACCACAGUGCUGCCAACAACGCCUCUAGACAAACGGGGCCCCACGUGGUUCCUGCGUGACGAUACCUACACAAAAUCGAAAUGCCCCAGUGCAAUUCGUAAGCACCCAGAGAAGGUUCCUGAGUUCAUUCCCGACAUUCCAGUCCUUAUGUGGAACGAUCACAUCAACCCUGAGGAGUACGUCAGGCUUCAGCAGUUCAAACAGAGCUAUGGCUGGAAAGACAUGUCUUAUGAAGACAUAGAGAACUGUCUCCGUCACUUCAACACGUCUGCCCACCGCUACAUGUUCCCGGGCUGGACGCCGGACCACACCGGCUGUAUCCGGUGUGCUGUUGUCGGUAACGGUGGGAUCCUGAAGGGGUCUGGCAAGGGGAAGGAGAUAGACGAACACGACUUUGUCUGGAGAGUGAACGCCGCCAUAACCAAGGGCUUCGAAGAUGACGUGGGGAAAAGAACAUCCUUUUACUUCCACUGCGUGAACAGCAUGAUGAGGUCCGUGUCAAGUGCGCAUCAAUAUGGCUUCCGCCAUCCACCACAAAACAAGGAUACGGUGUAUGUCUCCGUUUCCAAAGGCAGAAGGGACUACGAGUACAUGGAUGCGGCUAUUAGUUGGAGGACGAUCACGUCAGGAAUAGACAAGGCUCACGACCCCCCGUAUGAGUAUGGUGUCAAACCUGCGAAUACGAAGUUCCGAAUGCUUCAUCCUGACUUCACGAGAUAUCUGAAGUACCAUUGGCUGAACUCGUCACAUGGUUAUGGGCGGUUUGAAGGCAUCUACCAACCAUCUAAGGGAGCCGUCAUGUUGCUGACCGCCCUGCAUACCUGUGACGUCACUUCCGCUUAUGGCUUCCUCACUUCCGAUUACAGACAGUACAGUAAUCACUAUUACGAGAAAGACUGGCAAAAAUUUGAGUUUUACGCCAAUCAUGAUUUUAAAAUGGAGAUGAAAUUAUGGGAUAGACUAGAUAAAGCAGGGCUGAUGACCUUGUAUAGAGGAAUCAAAACCGAAGCAGCCGAAAAAAACUGAAAAAGAGACAAUGAAAUCAUUGACGUCAUCAUAAUGACUAUGAAUAAAGACUAAACUUUACGUGACCAACACUUAGAAGAAUAUAAUCCAUAAUAAUGAAAUAUGUUGCCAUAGCGACAGUUUUAUUAUUGAUACGUAUUUUAAUGACCAGUGUGUUGGAUUUGCAAAUUAGCCCCUGAUUUGCACGGUAAGCAUUUAAUUAUGUAAGGCGUCUCUGAAGCUAUCUACAUUCCAAAUAUCAUGAAGAUCCGUCAACCCAUUCCCGAGUUAUUUCCCUCUAAAGGGAUACUGCAACUACGCAGGCGUGGAAAAAUUAUUGACAUGCCUGCGGAAUUUUGCAUUGGGGACACACGCUAUACUAUUAGCCUUGUGCUUGAGGCGUCGCCAAAAAAAUUAGGACUCACCCAGAAUGGACCUGUCCACUGCUACUUCCGGAACGUGACGACCACUGUCGCUUUCUUAAGGAUCAAUACUGAUGACCUAACACUUCAGAAUGUGAUCGUGUGGAUACGUGACGUCAGCAAUUGGUCAAACGUGCCAGGAAAUUUUUAUGACGCCCACUGUCUCUGUUCAGUGAUGGCUGGAGUGCCCUGAUGUAUAUAGCCUAUUUUAUACCCCUUUACAAAGUAGUACGUUCUGAAGUAAAUGCUAAGGUAACAAAGCAUCUAUUAGAUUAUGUACAUGUGAAUGUCAAUUGCAUAGAUUAUAAAUUUAGUAUAAUUCAUGGAGAUAUAAGGUCUCAGGUAUUGAUCCUGAAGGGGACAGUGGAAAUUUUGAUCCAUUAAAACCUUUGUGUUGGAAGAAAGUU